AUGGCUCACCACUCUCUCGUUUCUCUCCUCAGCUCGGCCCUGGUCUUGCUCCUGGGAAGCUCGCUCGCAGCCGCCGCGGGGCAGCAGCACUCUCGCCUCACUUUUCGCUCGCAAAACUCCACAGUCGACUGCACGGGCGUCUUGGCCCUCAGCCCCAGGUGCAGCUCGAACCAGGUUGCCUACGCGAGGGAUAUUUUCUAUGUCGGCGGCCGAUAUAUUCAGGAUGCCAGUGGAAACCGCACCACAGGUCAGCUGUAUGUCGAAAAGCUGACGCCGAAUGCUGUCACUCAGCCGAAGCCGGUGGUCUUUUUCCACGGCGGUGGGACGAGCGGAGUUUCCUGGCUGAAUACGCCGGACAACAGGAAGGGUCUUGGGGAGUCGAGUGGGUCGCCCUCCUCGUACUUCGUUGAGCAGGGCUAUCAGGUCUAUAUCGUCGACCAGGCCUCAGUCGGGCGCAGCACCCAGACAGACCUGGACAGCUUCCCCAUGUCAGCCGGCACGACGGCCGAAAACACAGAGAAAUCCUUUUCUGGCCCCCAGCACUUCCCGGACCUCUACCCACAGGCCGUGCUGCACACUCAGUUCCCCGGUACCGGCCUGCGAGGCGACCCCUACUUUGAGCAAUUCCAGAGGGCCGUGCUCCCUUAUUCCACGAACUCCACUUCGGUGGAAAACGUCAUGAGAGAGUCGGGCUGCGAGCUCCUGUCUAUCAUCGGGCCGUCCUACCUCAUCUCCCACUCCGCCGGGGCCAUAUACCCGAUUCUCAUGUCCAACGACUGUGGGGACUACGUGGCGGGCAACAUCAACUUCGAGUCAUCCACCACCCCAUUCUUCUUCCCCAGCACCGGGUCCCUGUCCGGCACCGUCACGCGCGCCUGGGGCCUCACCGACGUGCCCAUCGACUACGAGCCGGCCGUUUCGGACCCGUCGGAGCUGGUCCAGGUCGAGGUUGGGAACGACACGCUGGCCCACCGCUCGUGCCACCUCCAGGCCGAGCCCGCGCGCCAGCUGCCCAAGAUCAGCGCCGUCAAGUACCUGCUCAUCACCAGCGAGGCGUCGGUGCACAUCACCUACGAUCACUGCACCAUCCAGUACCUAAAGCAGACCGGCGGCAACCCGGAGUGGAUCCGGCUGGCUGAUCGGGGCAUCCAUGGGAACGGCCACUUCAUGCACUUGGAGCUCAACAACCUGGAGAUUGCGGUUGUCGUGGACGACUGGAUCCAGGGCAACGAGAAGAAUGCGACCUUAGUGUCGCCCGGCUCUCCAUCCGGCGAUGCCCUCGUGCUGUCCAGGGUACCUCUGCAGGUCCUGCCGCGUGUCCACCUUGCCCUCCACGACACUACCACUGGAUGGUUUGAGGCUCAGGGCGGUUUCGGAAGGCAUCGAGACACUUUGAUGCCCGGGGUCGUCGAGCUCCCAGACACUACCGGGGAGUCACAUAUCGGACGGCAGGAGGUGAAGACGGAGAAGCUCACCAAGAAUUGA